AUCCAUGGAAACACGUUAAACAGCGUUUGAGGAGAGCGCGUGAAUGUCGCGUUAGACUCCGCUCGUUGCUUCUGCUAUCUGUUGUUUUGCUAGUUCUCGUAAUACGGUUUAGAUUAUGGCUUUCUUCGGGCUCACAUAUUUGGGCUAUCAGAACCCUUUUCUGGACAGGAUGGUAACACCUGCCCAAAACAAACUUUCACGAGACUCAUCAGACCUGCAUCUCGGCGGCCAGUGCAGAUAUCAGGACUUCAGCAGACGCGUUCAGAGGUCUCCUAAACAACUGUAUCGUGUACCCGUGACGGACAACCAGCAGUAUGGCUGGUGGGUUUCCACCGAUGGCCUGAGGAGCCGGGAGCCUUGGACUCAAACCCGUCGCUUCCCACGCAAAAACAGCGAAAUGACAAAGUUUGUGAAUGAAAUGUCAAUGACCUGCCCAGACUUCAUCUUAUUUUGACUCCUGGUCCAUGAAAGCGUAAUAAGGCCGUAUAAUCACAUGGUCAUCACAGUCCAUACUGCAACACCGCAGCGUGUCCCUUUGCUUUGCAGAACACAAGGUACAGAGGACACACAACUUACACUAACACGGGUGUAACAUAUUCACCGCAUCUAUGACCGUGCCAUAUCGAUUAUAGAAUUUGGUGCAAUAAAUUUAGUCCUAAUCUGUAUGUGCUAAAUGUUGUUCUUUGCAUAUAUCUGCGUCAUGGUGGCUAAGUCUAGUAAUAAAACAAUGAACCAUUUGAGAA